UGAUUUAAUUUUCUUAAAAGUCUAUUCCUUUUGUUAAAACCUUCAAGGCUUGCCAUUUGAUUUUUGUGGUAGUAAAAAAUAAGUAAAAAUUCACAAGGAUGAAGAAUGUUGAAGAAGCUUCUAGGUUAUGGUGUAAUGACACGUGUCAUAAUCUCAAACGUUCUUUUCUGUUAAAAUUGGGGUUAUAUACAUACAAAAAAAAAAAAAAAAAAACAGAGGUACUCUGUUUGGGCUCUUCUCAAAUACUCUCGCAAGUUCUCAAAUUCUCUACAAGGACUGCAGAGAGAAAAGGAAAAUUUGGGGAAAUGGGAGAUCCAUUUGGUGGUAGGUUUGGAGGAUUAAGAGGUAGCUUGUUUGGAGGAAGAGAUCCUUUUGAUGAUCCUUUCUUCUCUCGACCAUUUGAGGAUUUGCUCCAACCAGCCAACAGUUUCAGUUCAGGUGCUUCCUUUAGUAAUAAUGCACAGAAGAACAGUGGUGGAAGAAGUGGGUUAACAAUUGAAAAAUUACCAUCUGAUGAAGAAGUAGAAGAAAAAAAAGAUAUUGGGAGUGAUGAAGAAGAACAUAUUAGUUCAGUGAAUCAACCAUCUGUUGAGCACCCUGAAGAUGAUUCUGAUGCUGAGAGGAAGAUUCAGAAUGUGAAUCAAAGGAGUGAUUUUAAUCGAAGAGAGGGUACGCAGUCUCGAGUUCACACGUUCAGACAUCACACCUCUAAGGUUACAUAUGGUGGCAUAGAUGGUGCUUGCUAUACAUCUACUCGAACCAGAAGAAAAGGCAGUGAUGGAAUGGUGGUAGAGGAAAGCAAAGAAGCUGACAAGACUACAGGUGAAGCGACUCAUAGGAUCUCCAGAGGAAUCAAUGAUAAGGGUCAUUCGGUUACUAGGAAGCUUAACUCAAGUGGUGGCAUUGAGUCGACACAGACUCUUCACAACCUCGAAGAAGAAGAACUAAGUGGCUUUGAAGAAGCAUGGAAAGGCAAUUCAUCUCUUACCAAUCAUGAAUCCAGUGGCUUUGAUCAAAGUUUUGGAGGGUGGCGUCUCCCAUCUCUGGACCAAACUCGUCGUCAAACAGACCAAACUCGGGCCGGUGUAAGCACUUCUGCACCAAGAACUAAGAAAGUUGUUCGAAUCAACAUUGAAUGAUAGAAUCAUCAGAAAAACAUCUAUCAAAUAUUCAAUAUCUUUAUGUGUAAUCAAAUAAUGUUGUAGAUUAUCUUUAUUCGAGGAUGAUAUAAGACAAUUGAUUAUGAAUAAUUAUUUUGAGUUUUGUAACU